UUAGCUCAAUACCCAAUAGAGCGUAGCGUAGCGUGUAGUAUAACCCUUCUUGGAUGAAUGACCUAAAAACCAUUAUACGAUGGCAUUGAGUGUGAACAAACAAGAAACAUACCCACCCCAUAUUCCCGAUGCAUCUGAAUCCGAAUAAUUGAACCUGAACCCUUGGUUUUCAAAAAGAGCAGAAAAUAAAUUCAGGGUUCUUUUUCUUUUUGUGGAAUAUGCGCGUUUCUCAACUUUUAAUUUUUAUAGAACUGGGAGCAAAAUCUUGUAUGAACUUCAACUCAAUGAUUGCGCCAACUCGCAUCGCGUUCGGCGUUCGGCGUUCGCCUUCGCGUAUAUGAAUUUUGUACAACGUGGACAUUAGGCAAUAUGAAAAUGAAAAUUCAACACACAAAUUUCAGAUUCAAUUCAGUCAGUAGCUAAUAGUUUGUAAGGACGGUUGGUAGAAGAUAAAUCGCGCGUCGUCGCUAUUUUUACUUUGGUUUUCAAAAAUAUAAAAAAACUGAAUCAAACAACAACAAAACCCAUUUCUGUACGAAGUUUCUUUUUGAGUUGAUAACAAAAACACAAGUGUUAUCAAAAUUACCAAAAUAAUCAAAAACAAAAUACACCAAUGGAAAUUAAUUUCCGAUAGUGAAAUAUAAAUUUUUAUGGCACUGUAAGCAUAAAUCUAAUGUUCUCUCAGCAAUACUCACUACUCGUUUAGUAUACCGACCGAAAAUGACGUGUUUUUGAAUGAGGAAAUAAAUUAAAAACGACGCGCCGGUGUGGUCAGUGACGUUUCCAAAAUUUGCAUAGUCGCAUUUAAGAGAUACAAAUAAAUAACAAAAGAAAAAAAGGCGUGCGAAUCUGACAAGUAGCUUAGUGUAUUUCGAUAAUUCCUCUCCAUCUCUCUCUCUCUUUGUAUCUCUUUUCUGUCUCGCUGUCACUCGAAUAUAAUUUGAGAUGGGCUACGACGAUGUCAUCACUCAUUUGGGGGAUUUCGGGAAAUACCAGAAGCGUAUAUAUUUUUUAGUUUGUUUACCUGCCAUAUCGUGUGCCUUUCACAAACUCGCCGGAGUGUUUCUGCUCGCCAAACCGGAUUUCCGUUGCGAGUUGCCUUUUGAAUUCGGCUCUGACAAUCUUACCUAUGAACUUCCGGAUAAUGUUUGGCAAUUAGCAUAUCCAAAAGACCCUUUGACAAACAAAUACCUCACCUGUGAAUAUUACAAUGUCAGUUAUUCGCCCGACUAUCUUAGCGGUUUUUCGCCGCCGCCGGCAUCAAGCGAAGUGUCAACAGUUUAUUGUGAUAAAUACGUUUAUGACAGGUCAACGUGGAAAAACAGUGCUGUCACCGAAUGGAAUAUGGUAUGUGGGCGGAGUUUCCUUAGUGCAACAUCCGACUCAUUGUUUAUGCUGGGCGUGCUCCUGGGGAGUAUAAUUUUCGGUCAGAUGUCGGACAAAUAUGGACGGAAACCGAUAUUUUUCGCCUCACUGGUCAUACAAUUGAUAUUCGGGGUUCUUGCGGCUGUCUCACCGGAAUUCAUAACCUACACCAUUUCUCGCAUAAUAAUUGGAGCAACGACAUCGGGUGUAUUUUUGGUGGCCUAUGUGAUAGCCAUGGAAAUGGUUGGACCUUCGUACCGUAUCUUUGCCGGUGUGGUGGUUAUGAUGUUCUUUUCGGUAGGUUUCAUGUUGACAGCUGCGUUCGCCUAUUUCAUAACCGACUGGCGGUGGUUGCAAAUUGGUUUGACAUUGCCGGGAGUUCUGUUUAUGUCGUACUAUUGGUUUAUUCCAGAGUCGGCGAGGUGGCUGUUGUCGAAAAAUAGGAAACAGGAUGCGAUUGCAAAUAUUGAAAAGGCAGCCAGGGUGAAUAAGGUUAAGAUUCCCGACGAUGUGUUGGAUAACCUGUUGGAAGACACCACUGAGGUGAAGGAUCCACUCGACACACCCAAGCGAGAACCAUCCGUCUUUGAUUUACUCAGGUAUCCCAAUCUCCGGCGGAAAACACUGUUAAUUUUCUUCGAUUGGUUUGUGAAUAGCGGAACUUAUUAUGGUCUGUCGUGGAACACCAGCAAUCUGGGAGGGAAUGUUCUCCUUAAUUUUGUAAUCUCCGGAGCUGUUGAAAUUCCGGCAUACACGUUUUUGAUUUUCACACUCAAUCGAUGGGGUCGGCGGUCGAUUUUGUGUGGAUGCAUGUUGACAGCUGGAACUGCCCUUCUCUUGACUGUCUUUGUCCCCGACGACAUGAAUUGGUUGAUUAUAGUUUGUGCUAUGAUUGGAAAACUUGCCAUAACUUCCAGUUAUGGGACGGUGUACAUUUUCUCAGCUGAACAAUUCCCGACUGUCAUUCGAAAUGUCGGCUUGGGAGCUUCAUCGAUGGUCGCUCGUAUUGGUGGAAUUUUGGCGCCAUACUUUAAUUUGCUGAGUGAAGUGUGGAAGCCAUUGCCUUUGAUAAUUUUUGGAGCGAUGGCAUUUAUUGGAGGAUUGCUGUCAUUGCUGCUACCCGAAACGCACAACAAACCAAUGCUGGAAACUAUUGAAGAUGGUGAACGAUUUGGUAAGAAAGUGCGACAAGAAGAUCUUCUCGAACAAGGUGAAGAACUGAAAGAGGUUAAUCUUAAUAGAGAUGAUGCGGAGGUGAAUGUAAUGCCAAACGGCAAUGGUGUAGCCAAAGAUAGUUAAAUGUAGAAUUAUGUAUCGUUAAAUAAGGGAAUGUUAAGAGAAUAGAUUUAUGUAACUAAAAUGUAAGUUUUAACAGAUAUUAUCAUUUUAUUUAUUUUAGUUUUUGUUUCAAGUAAAACUACAUCAAAUGUUUAUUAUAUGCUGAACGGUUUUCUUCCGAUUUACAAUCAUUAGAAACUUGAGAUCUAUGUAGGUUUUUAGCAAGUUG